AUGGCGAUUGGCCUGGCAGCUCUGGGGCUCCUCGCUUUCCUGCUCGGCUGCCUCGGAACCUUUGCUGAACCCCAAAACUCGGAGCCAGCCGCCAAGUGCUCCCUGACCGGCACCUGGAAGAAUGACCUCAACUCCACCAUGGAGAUCAACAACGUCAGUAACACGGGGGUGUUCAUUGGCCUCUACAAAGCGGCAGUCUCGGUUUCCGGCCGGCCCAUCCAGCCAUCCCCGUUGCUGGGCAUCCAGAACCAGAGUUUCCAAUUCCUGGAGAACACCAUGGCGAUUGGCUUGGCAGCUUUGGGGCUCCUCGCUUUCCUGCUCGGCUGUUCGGGAACCUUUGCCGAACCCCAAAACUCGGAGCGAGCCGCCAAGUGCUCCCUGAACGGCAGCUGGAAGAAUGACCUCAACUCCACCAUGGAGAUCAACAACGUCAAAUCCACCGCAGUCUUUGUGGGCCAGUGUCUGGUGGAUAACAGCGGAAAAGAGCAGUUGAAGACAACCUGGCUGUUGCGUGAGAAGGUUGGAUCCGCGGCAAAUGAUUGGGGGGCAACCCGCAUUGCCAAGGACACCUUCUACCGCACCUAG